GUGAGAGCAUUUUAGCCGUCUCUCUCUGCUGUGAAGCGAGUUGGAGGGUGGACAGGCAGAGUUUGUGGGAACACAGUCUGGAGCAGAAGGGAGUUCUUCCCUUGGCUUGCAGAUCUGAAUGAGGCUUUUGAUGGACUUGCACAAUGAAGUCCUUCCAGCGAACUUGGACACGUGUUGGUUUUCUGGAGUUUUGUAUGUGGUUUUUUGGCUAUCUGUUCAUCUGGACCAAGUAAGAAGCGUACCCUGUUCACCCUCCAACACAAGUGCUCCUCGCUGUCAACAGCGCCUGAGUUGUGCUUCUAGACUCCACAUCUCUCGUUUUCCCCUGGCGGUUCUAUUCAUCUACAAUAGCAACAACGCCAGACAAAUCAGCAGCUCUAUGCUACAACACUCCCUGAGUAAUCAGACCUCCGUAAUUACAGAUGGCACUGUGGUCACUCAGCUGCUUCCGUACUCACGUGAUGUCAUUUCCCCAAACCCUGAGAAGUUUUCCGGUGAGGGGAAGAUUGGAGACUGCACCCCAGUGCUUUUUUUUUCUCGUAGACUUAGUAACACAGAAAGAAACUAUGAUGUGGGGGACAGAGAACUGUUAGCCAUUAAGCUGGCUUUAGAAGAAUGGCGUCAUUGGUUUGAGGGUGCUGAGUUUCCCAUUCAGACCAGGUUCAAAAAACAUGAAGCCGGACUCCCUGUCCCGACAAUUCUCUCCAGGCGAUUCGGAGAAGGAACCAGCAACCAUUCUGCCUCCCAGUUGAAUCGUGGGGUCACAUACAUGGGAGACUGAGGAAAUCAUAGCCAAAGCACAACUACACAAACCAGAUCUCAGCACAUGGCCGUCCAACCGAACCUAUGUCCCUUUGUCAGUCCGCCCGAGGCUCAUCCACUGGUUCCAUACUGCAAGAUUCUCAGCACACCCCGGAGUUAGCAGAAUAACGGCACUGAUCUAAAGGAGAUUUUGGUGGCCAUCCCCCGUCUCCCGGUCUCUCAAGGUAUGAUCACCAUACUUACGAUUGUAGAUGGUUUUUCAUGCCACCUUGAUCCCUUAUGGAGGCUUGCGUCCACACUUCAGACAGCAUGGCUCCUCACUAACCAUGUUUUUCGUCUGCAUGGCAUCUCACUGGACAUUUUGUCUGACCGUGUCGGGAAAAACAUGACAACACAGACAGUGACCCCCCGGCACCUUCUGGUAUCCUCUGGCAUCUUCUGGCACCUUCUGGCAUCCUCUUGCACCCCGUAGCAUCCUCUGGCAGGCUUGUGGCAGCUUUAUGGCCUGGGACGUCCAGCGUGUUUUUAAGCAUUUAUUUAUAAUUUUCUGUGAGUGACAAUAAACCGGCUGUUUGCGCAAUAAA